UCAAACCCCCCUUAUUUUUCUCUUUCAUUCAUUAUUGCUUUUAUUCCCAGUUUCCUUUAUCAAAUUUCUCUUCUUAAAAUCUUUCAAAAAUUACAACAAACUAAGCAUAACUCAAUUCUUGAAAAUGGGUAUACCAAGAAAUGGUGUUGGAGUAGAUAUGUUAAGUGAAAGAGCAAAAAUAAUGAGAGAUUCAUUGCAAAAAAGUCAGUCAAUUACAGACAAUGUUGUUAAUAUUUUAGGUUCAUUUGAUCAUCGUUUAUCUGCUCUGGAAACUGCUAUGCGUCCCACACAGAUAAGGACUCAUGCUAUUAGGAUAGCUCAUGGAAACAUUGAUAAGACUUUAAAGGCUGCUGAGGUUAUACUGUCCCAAUUUGAUAUUUCUCGUCAGGCGGAAGUUAAAAUACUUAAAGGGCCACAUGAGGACAUAGAAAGUUAUCUUCAAGCAAUUGAACAACUGAGAAACAAUAUUCGCUUCUUCAGCAACAACAAAAGCUUCAAGAGUAGCGAUGGAGUGCUCAAUCAUGCUAAUAGUUUGCUGUCCAAGGCUAUUUCAAAGCUCGAAGAGGAGUUUAAGCAGCUCUUGUUAUCUUAUAGUAAACCCGUUGAACCUGAUCGGCUGUUCGAGUGUCUCCCAAAUUCAAUGCGACCUUCGUCAUCACCUGGACACCAGGAACCUAAUGGUAAGAGUCGUCACAGUAAUGCUGAACAAAAUGGUGCCGAAAAUGCUGUCUACACACCCCCAACUCUUAUACCUCCAAGAAUCCUGCCUUUACUGCAUGAUUUAGCGCAACAGAUGGUUCAAGCUGGUCAUCAACAGCAAUUUGUAAAAAUAUACAGGGAAACACGUUCUCCCGUACUGGAAGAAAGUCUUCACAAUUUGGGAGUAGAAAAACUUAGCAAAGAUGAUGUUCAGAAGAUGCAAUGGGAAGUUUUGGAAGCUAAAAUUGGAAAUUGGAUUCAUUUUAUGCGAAUUGCUGUCAAACUGUUAUUUGCUGGGGAACGUAAGGUGUGUGAUCAAAUUCUUGAAGGAUUUGAUUCACUCAAUGACCAAUGUUUUGCUGAAGUUACAACUGCGAGUGUUGCGAUGUUGCUUAGUUUUGGUGAUGCAAUUGCAAAAAGCAAAAGAUCACCUGAGAAGUUAUUUGUGCUUCUGGAUAUGUAUGAAAUAAUGCGGGAACUUCGUUCAGAGAUUGAAUCACUUUUCAGAGGUAAAGCUUGCAAUGAAAUUCGGGAAUCUGCCUUUGGUUUGACAAAGCAACUUGCCCAGACAGCCCAAGAAACCUUUAGUGAUUUUGAAGAAGCAGUUGAGAAAGACGCAACUAAAACUGCUGUCUCAGAUGGAACUGUCCAUCCCUUAACCAGCUAUGUGAUUAAUUAUGUGAAGUUCCUGUUUGAUUAUCAAUCAACGUUGAAACAACUGUUCCAAGAAUUUGAAAAUGGAGGAGAUUCUCAGCUAGCUGCUGUUACAAUGCGUAUAAUGGAGGCUCUUCAAACCAAUUUGGAUGGGAAAUCUAAGCAGUACAAGGAUACUGCUCUGACUCACUUGUUUCUUAUGAACAAUAUUCACUAUAUGGUCAGAUCUGUGCGCAGGUCCGAAGCCAAAGAUUUAUUAGGGGAUGACUGGGUACAAAGACACCGGAGAGUUGUACAGCAACAUGCAAAUCAAUAUAAAAGAAUUGCUUGGGCGAAGAUCCUUCAAUCCCUAUCGAUUCAAGGGCUAACAUCAUCUGGAGGCAGUAACUCUGGCAGUGCAGAUGGACAAAAUAGUAGUGGAGUUUCAAGAUCGACUGUAAGAGACAGGUUGAAGAUAUUCAAUGGGCAGUUUGAAGAGCUUCAUCAAAGGCAAACUCAAUGGACUGUUCCAGAUACUGAGUUGCGAGAGUCAUUGAAGCUUGCAGUCGCCGAAAUUUUGCUACCUGCAUACAGAUCUUUCCUUAAACGCUUUGGGCCCUUGGUCGAGAAUGGUAAAAACGCCCAAAAGUACAUCAGAUAUUCAGCUGAAGAUCUUGAACGUAUGCUCGGUGAAUUCUUCGAGGGUAAGACGUUGAUUGAGCCCAAACGUUGAAUCUCAACUAGCCGCUUUUGAGUUCGUCUCCGUUCACUACCGAUAUGUUCAGAAUCUACAGGUGCAACAAGUAGUAUAAAAAAACACGAAAAGAGAAAGCUGUAAAGAGCAGUUCACUUGUAUUUUGAUAUGGAAUCUGUCCAAGUAUUACAGUUUGCCACAUCUCUUGUCCAAAAAUGUGGUGCUUGUAUUAAAGGUCAUUUUGUAGUCAAUAUAUCUUGUAUGUUUUUGUAUAGCAAAACCUUUUAAUAUUCUC